ACCAGCAAAUCUGAAAAAAAAAUCUACCGAAGAACUGAAAAAUGCCAGUAGAUAGCUUUAACAAUGUUGCUUCCAGAUUACCUUUCUCUUCACAUUCUUAAAGCCAUUGUUGUUCUAAGUGUCACAUGGAUUCUCCUUUUUUUGUGGAAAAAAUUUCAGAAUCUGCCGCCUGGACCAUGGGGAAUCCCUUAUUUUGGAUACUAUCCUUUUCUUGCAACUCAGUCUCAUGUUGAUUUUGCGAAUUUGGCGAAGAAAUAUGGAAACCUCUUCUGCUUUCGAAGCGUUGGUGGAAAACUGUUCGUUAUUCUCAAUGGACAGAAGCUAAUAAAAGAAAUCCUCGUCCAUAGAUCAGACGAAUUUAUUGGACGGCCAAUAGAAAGCAAUCUGUUGGAAUGGAUAUCUGAUGGCUUAGGUGUAACUCAAGAAGAAGGACCAUCAUGGAAAGAGCAUCGCCGAUACUUUUUACAAACUGUAAAAAAUUUCGGAUUCGGCAAGAUGGAAAUUGAAGGAACAAUACACGAAGAAAUUAAAAUACUUAAAGAAGACUUGUUAAAAGCCCAAGGACAGCCAACAGACAUCGGUUUUCACGUAACUUAUGCCGUUAAUAGCGUCAUUGUUCAAGUUAUGUUUGCCAGGAAAUUCGAAAAAUAUGGCCCAAUUUUUCCAAAAUUGGCAAAGGCUGCAAAUGAUUUGAUCGCUGUUUUUGCAGAUCGGCGAUUCAUGUUAGUAGGACUCCCAUUUAGGUUCUCGCUUCAGUACCUUCCUUGGGGUGAGGAUGUUCGUGAAGGCAGAAGGUUCUUGAAGACUGUUGUUCAGGAUAUAAUCGAAGAUCACAUUCGCUCAUUCGAUCCAAAUAAUAUACGUGAUUAUGUGGACAGCUACUUACUUGAAAUGAAGAAUCUCAAAGAAAAGGGCAAACUUGAAGAAAGCACGUUUACAAUGGAAAGACUUCUCGGAAUUUCAAUGAACAUGACAAUGGAAGGAACAGAUUCUGUUGGCGAUACCCUUUGCAGUCUUCUCACAGAAGCCGCCAAGCAUCCAGAAGAACAGAAGAAAGUUCAAGAAGAAAUGGAUUCAGUAAUUGGCAGAGAGCGUCUGCCUUCCAUGCUCGACAAACCUAAACUGCCCUACCUGGAAGCUUUUAUUCAAGAACUAUUCAGAAUAGCACAGGCCUUCUAUAAUACAACACAUUACAGUAACUUCGAAGAAACAACAAUACGAGGGUACCGGAUUCCCAAAAGAAGCAUUAUUGUUGGUAAUUUGUGGUCCAUCAAUAACGAUCCUGAAAUCUACCCAAACCCCUCCAAAUUUGACCCUACAAGAUUCUUGGAACGAAACGGAGAAAAACUGAAUUCUGAUGGACCAUAUCCUUUUAGCAUGGGUAAGAGAGACUGCGUGGGAAAGUCUUUAGCAAAAAUGGAAGUCUUCCUUGUGGUCGCAUCGGUUCUCCAAAACUUCACAUUGCAACCAGGAGAUAAAUAUGGAUUUGUAAGAGCGAUACCAAGAAAUUAGAAAAGUUUCCUAUACAAGGGUGUUUAAACACAGAAUUUGUAAAGAAAAGUUUAUUUCAUUAUUUCACAUGUGAAUUGUACUUUAAGUGCAACCUAGCUAUAUGUGUUGGAUAUUUAUUCUUAUUUCAUAGAUUUUUUUUAUAAUUAAAAAUCAUCUUAA